GAGAGUGUUUUGUUUCUAUAGAGAGAGAGAUGGGGAAAGCGUUUGUUGUGAGAAUUAUUAUGUGAUGCAUUAAAAACGCGAGUAUUUUGGCAGAGAAGAAGAAGAAAGCAAAGCUUCGGUUUUGCCGUCUCUUUCUGAAGCAGAAAGGCGAUUCUGUAAGCUCAUCGAAGAAGAAGAAGAAUCAGAUUUUCUACUACUUGGUUCUUCAUUAUCAGAGAGAUCGUAGUAGAAUUGUUGUACUUGGAAUUAUAUUUAAAAGGAAUUAAGUUAAUUGCAGAGAAGGAAGAUCAGGAGAGUUGUCAUUGAUCUAGUAGUAGUAUUGUUACUGAUGCUAAUAACAAGACACAGAAAUGGACAAACCAAAGAAAACCAAUCGAUUCUUCUCAACACCUUCCUCUAAUAAGAAACAACAACACCUGUUGAAACAUUCUGGUUCGAAAGAUGGUGGGGACGUGGAAGUAGUUAUGGAGAGAUCAAAGAGGAAAGAAAAAGUUAAAGGUUUAAGUUCAAUUGGUAGUGCAGCUAAAGAAAAUAGUCAAAUGGGUGGUGGUGGUGGGUCUGAUGAUGGUGAAGAGGAGCUGCUGCUUAAGACUAGUGCUACUGCUGCUAAAAGAUUCAAAGUCCACAGUAAACCAUUAAAUGAUUGUAAUGCCAUUGAUCUUGCUGUUGUCCCUCGGAAAAUACGGUCAGCUAUGAUCAAGAGGAAUCGCGAAUCUCUAUCUCCACCUUUGCCUGAAGCUAAGAAACCCCACCGUACACCCAAUGGAACACAUCAGCCUCAUCUCAGUAGUACGCAGAAAGCCAAACAAAAGAUGUUAUUCCAGAAACAAGGAGUCCCCGGGCAGCUUGAAUGCAUUCCAAUUACCAAAGAUGAGGAAGAAGUUGCGGAAACCUUAUUUGCAUUGGCUAGAAUGAUUCCCGACAAGCCUGUUAAUUAUCGAGUUGAUCAAAAAAAUACAGAAGCAAAGCCUUCUCCUGUGCGGCGAACAACUGAGGUUCCCAUGCUUGCAUCUGAAGCUUUGAAAAACGAGAGUGCGAAGUCUCUGAAGGAGGAUAUUAUUGUAGAAGCUACUAAUAUUCCUUCCAGUGUAGAAGGAUCAGGUAGUGAUGCAGGGACGGUCAACUUUCUACCUGAUACCUCUAUGAUGCAUCGGCCUUCCAUCAUCAGGAAUUCGAAAUUUAUGCUUGAUCGGGGUAUUAUAGGACCACUGUCAGAUUCUAGAAUUUCCCAGUUCCAAAAGAAUGAGCAUACGGAUCUGACAUCCUUGAGUGUUGCUUCAACAUCAGGGGUUCUGAUCAAUCCAUGUCACACAAAUAGCCGGUUACAGGGCACACAACAUAAAGCCUCACUUUGUGAUCAGAAAACAGAAUUGUGGCCGGUUGCGGCCAUUUUGAAGAAACAGGAGGAACAUUCUAUGAAGGAGAAUAAUGAUGGGGAUAAACGUUUCCCAUCAUGUAUGGAAGGUACUCCAGCCUUAUCCCUGAUAGAAGGAAACAACCACAAUGGCAGUGGAUUGGGCUUGUCUUUGGCGGGUUCACGCGACCGUGAAUUAGCUUGGUCAUCCGAAAGUAAAGUUCCUUCUUGGCUGAAUUCUGCUAAAAAACCCGAUCUAGCUGGGGAUGGCGUCUUAAAAGAAAAGGUUAAUUCAGUUCUGGUCGGUAAAACCCAGCCAUGGAAGAAAUGUACCACUCAUGUCCACAUAAGUCGUCUCAUCAGUGUGCACCAAGCUUCAGAGGAAAAGUCUAUGUUGCCACCUACCACCAAUCAGAUGCUACCAAAUGGGACAAAGCAUGGUGCCUCAGCUCCUAGUAGCUUGAAUGGGCUUAUUUCCUUGAGUGACAAAAAUGGACUUAAUAGAUUUAUAUCCAUUGAUGGCUGCUUAAGUGAUGGUGACGCAGGAACGAAUAUGCAUGAAGUACGAAAUAGGAUUCUCCGGGACAAGCAGAAUCGUGAUUUCCUGUCCUUGUCAACUGGUGGAAGCCUGGGAUCCGCAGCUCCAUUUAACGCUGUUAAUCAGAGAACAAAUAAAUUGGACUCCUCAGUUCAAUUUCAUGUACCUUAUCUGCAUUCAGUCGCCCAGAAUCCAUCUCCCGUGCCUUUUAAUGUCCAUGGCCGUUCUUCCUCUCUUUAUCCAGACCAUUUAACAGUCAGAGCCACACAACAGCAGUUGAAGUCAGAACAAAUGGCGAGCCCAUUCUGUAGCCCACAACAUGCGGUUCAUGCCAAUUCAGCAAAUCAUCAUCAUCAUCAUCAGCAGCAGCAGCAACAACAACAACAACAGAUGUGGGCUGCUCAUUACAUGUCUGGACGGAACUCCACGGCGUCCUACUCAUCAAAUUGGCAACACGGGAAGCAGGACUCUCCUAUUUAUAUACCUGGGGAAUGCAGUCAGCCACCUGCCCACUCUUCAUCAUCUCUUCGUCAUGAAGGUUUUAGUGCGAAGUUCCCCUCGAACAUGCAACUACAACAACAGCAGCAGCAGCAACAACAGCUCUUUUUUCUCUCUUCAUUAUCUGCAUCAUCAUCUAGGGGAAAGAUGCAUCAUCCUCACCACCACCCUCACCACCUUGCUGGCGGCUAUGAUGGAGCCAGUGGAGGGUCCAUGUUGACAGCUCGUCUCACUUGAAGCUGGUCUUGUCUCACUUGAAGCUGGUCUUUAAUGGCGCUGAAUUUUGCAAAGAGCAAAAUCACGUAAUGUUGUUCCAUAUGGAACCAGGGCUGUGGACCACCUGCGGCAUCACGAUUUAACGUGAUACACUCUGGCUGGAUGAAAUAGAGUUUGUGACAAAAAUGUUGAAUGACACCGGAGGCUAAAAUUUGGCAGGAAAACCGCAGUUAAAUCGUUAGAACAUGCAUUGUCAAGACGUGGUUGACAGUUUAUAUUAGCAUUGAAGGUAUAGCUCAGUUCGUGAAAAAUUCGGAGUCACGAGACUGGAAAAACUAAGAGUUGUAGUUUAGACUCGUAAUGUAUAAGCAAUAUUACAUCACAGAAAUAUAUAAUAUAUAGAGUUUUUAUGAGCAGUCAGAUUUCGUGAUCUGCCUGAUGAAUUUGGACGUA